AUGACCUCGCCACUCACACAACUUCCUAAUGAGGUCAUUCAUGUCAUUCUGUCAUACUUGCCCUUCCAAAGCAACACCGCUCUGCAACAAACCUGCCACCGCUUCGCAGAUGCCGCCAAAGAACCACUUGUAUGGAAGAAAUACUGCCAGGACUUUUUCAGGUGGUGGGAUCGACGGCACUCGUUCCCCGAAAAACUCCGAGAUGCAUCCUUCGUUGCGUGGAAGGAGAUGUUUGCAGAGCGGUACAAGACAUCCAAGGCCACUCGACAAGCCCUCAAUACGAUGAUCGAGGAGGACUCCGGGCGACUCGACUCGUUGAGAGUCAUCCUGGACGCUCGUUACGACGCCAAGGACCACUUGUUCGACAUGUACUGGAAUGCACCCUCUUCCCCGAACCACCUUGCCCAGAAAUACUGGAGCCAUGCGGCUUUAGGCUGUGUACAGAGACUGAUUGCGGUUGAGGAGUGGAAAGAUAUCCCACCAGGAGAAUAUCGUGCGGACUCACUUGAACGGUCACUGUCUGCUUUCGAUAUGUUUAUCCUCGAAGAAAAGGCCGUGGGUGACAUGUCCGAUAUCCUUGCUCGUCUUGAUUCCUACGUCCUUUCGGUCCGCGAGGCUCACCCCCACAUCGAUGGAAUGUCGCCGCGGAUGAGAGCGAGCAUCAUCGCUCAGCAUCUGCUAGACAAAAAAUGGGUAGGCAUCACAGAUGGACGAAACUACCACUCCAUCGACCAUAUGUUCCUCGGAGUAGCUCUGUUUAGCACCAACAGAAACUCGGUCCCUCUUAUCUCGGCCAGCAUCUUUUGUUACGUUGCACGUCGAUUUAACUUGCGAGCCGAACCUUGCAGCUUUCCUUUCCAUGUGUAUGCAUUCGUGCAGCCUCCGCCUGGAUUCGACAUUGACGGCCACCCCCUUGCAGAAUCUUCCAAUCAAGAACCGUCCGAUCUGACACUCUUCUACAUGGACCCUUUCCACAACUCAGAACCCAUCUCCCGAUCAAGGUUGGAGACACGGCUCAAAUUCAUGAAUCCUGGUGUAACACCAACUCAGACUGUCGCAUAUAUGUCGCCGGCGCCUCCCCGUGACCUCUCAGCACGCACAGCCCUCAACAUUUUAGCCUCCCCUUCUCACGACCCCGGUCUUCCAUUACAUCCGAUCAACGCCAACUUGGCCGCCUACUCUGCUUUGUUCGCUCUCGUCAGCAUCCCAUCCGAACCCCCCAGGCACGCAACACACUUGCGCCAACAUCUCGCCGUCCUUACGCAGCACUUUCUCGAAUAUUUUGACCUGGAUAUCCACUUGUUUGAAACCUGCGUCCUUCCACUGACAAAUGAUCUGCCCGACGCCCGUGCUUACCGCAACUUAAUUUUGCAGUUGAAGGAGUCGGAUCACGAGUCACGCCCAGCCAAAUAUCGGGCUGAUCCUCGCAAUUCAGAAGUGAAAUACAGCGUAGGCCAAGUCUUUAGGCACCGUCGUCGGAAUUACGUGGCCGUGAUUUAUGGGUGGGAUCCCUACUGUCGCAUGCAGGAGCAGUGGAUUACCAUGAAUCAAGUCGAUCGCUUACCAAACGGAAGAUCUCAGCCCUUUUACAAUGUUCUCGUGGAGGAUGAGUCGACACGCUAUGUGGCGGAGGAGAACGUGGUGCUGUUGGGUCCCGAUGAUUUUUCGGAGGAGUAUGCCAACAAUUUUCCCAUCGAGGUUGGAAAGUGGUUUAAGCGGUAUGAUCCGGAGACGGCGACAUUUGUGAGCAACGUGAAGGACGAAUACCCCGACGACUAG